AUGGAGAGCGUGGAGCACCAGGCCGCCGGCCGCCUGUCCCGCUCCCCGCCCCACCCGGCGGCGCCGCUGUCGCCCGACUCGGCGGCGGCGCCGCUGUCGCCCGACUCGGCGGCGGCGGCGGCGGGGAACGCGCGCUGGACGCCGACCAAGGAGCAGAUCGGCGUGCUGGAGGGGCUGUACCGACAGGGGCUGCGCAACCCCACCACGGAGCAGAUAGAGCAGGUGGCGGCGCGGCUGCAGAAGCACGGCCCCGUCGAGGGCAAGAACGUCUUCUACUGGUUCCAGAACCACACGGCCCGGCACCGCCAGCGCCAGAAGCAGCAGGCCUUCGACUACUUCUCCAAGCAGUUCCGCCGCCCCCAGCCGCUGCCCGUGCUCCACAGGGCCGCCGCCCACCCCUCCUUACCGCCGGUCCCGCUCCACGCGCCGCCGCCGGACGACCACGCUCCUCCUGCAUGCAACGGACAAGCGAUGUACAGGCAGCAGCCAUGCUACGUCACAGCUGCAGCGGCGGCGACACAGGCCGCGGCGAAUGCGCAGGCGCAGGCGCAGACACCGCUGUUAUACCCGAGAGCGGAGACGGUGGCGCAUGACAAGGUCCCGACGCCGGCACCGGCACCGGCCACCGUGUACUACCAGGGAGCAGCUGCGAACAACGCCAGCACCCAACAAUCGCGCGCUCUCCAGUUCCCUCCCGCCGCCGGCACCCGCGGGCCGUCGGACGCCCGCCCCCGCCGCCCGGAGACCCUGAACCUGUUCCCGCUGCACCCCACCUUCGCGAUUCCGGAGAAGACGCGCGCUGGCGGGAUCGCCGGCUCGGUGACGCUGUCGCCGGCGGCGCCGUCCGCCUCGGGCUCGGGGGCGUUCUCUUGGGAGCCGGAGAGCGCCAGCGGGGACGCCUCGCUGCCGCUGUAUGACUUCUUCGGCGUAGGCCGCUGAAGAACGGCAGCAAGUAGGCAGACAAACUAUUUUUAGUUUUGGUAGAGCUCAGCUGCGUGCAGAUUAAUUCCUGUACUGUUGCGUGCCUUCAAAAAACAAAUCUUGCAAGAGUACUGUGCCAUGGAGAACAGUGUGAGUCCCGAAAGAUAUGGCUGGCGCUGUUUCUUGUUUUCGUAUACAUGCUCUAGUUUUCAGCA